AUGCCGUCUCGCAAGCGCUCGGCAAAGCCUCCAGCCGAGGCGCCCUCUUCUAAGAAGCAGCGCGAUGAUAGGGCUCGCCAAAGAGCUGCGGUUCGGGAUCAUGCCUUUAAGCAGCAAAAUCUUCGCGAUCAGGCUCAUCGCGAUCAAGCGCUAGUUGAUAAGACGCGCCUCAAGAAGCCCGCUGCCGCUAAGGUCUCUCACCAGAAAGGUCUUCACCGAACCAUGCAAGUCCCCAGCUUCAUAGGGUAUGUUCGACAGGUAAUACGUCGCUUUAGCAGCAAGCUCUAUGCCGCCAAUUCCCCUCUUCUUCGUCUUCCCGCCGAGCUCCGCAACAUCGUUUACGGCUAUGUCUUCGAGGGCGAUCACUACGAGCUCGGUGGGUACUUGUUUACCGGCAAAAGGCCAGACGAAGGGAACACACUUAUCUGGCGAAUGUUGCAAAACAACGCUCUUGGUCUACUCCUCGCUUCCUGUCAGCUUCAGGCUGAGACCGCGUUGCUUCCUUACAAGCUCGGCGUUUUCCAGUUUGAAUUUGAGGAACCCGACCACGACGAAGACGACUGGUAUGAGGAGGUACUGCAAGACUUCUUCCGCGCUAGGUCCCGAAAACAGAUAGCUGCAAUUGCUACAACACAAGUUAGCACACAGCAGAUAUAUGGCACCAUGUGGGACAAGACUCAGGCUGGGAUUGACUGGGCGAUGGAAUCGUGUGUGUGUUGA